UUGAGGCCUUUUCAAUUGUUGGUCUUGAUAUGUUAAGUUCUAAUCAAAAUCUCGUGAAAUUGGUGAAAUUGUAUCAACUCACAAUUAAUAACGAAAAAUUUCUAGAAAUACUUAAGAAAAUUAAGUAUUGCUCUAUGUUAAAGCAUAAUUAAAAGUAUUUGCGACAGUUGUGUGAAGUGGUUUUCAAUUGAAUUCGAGUAGGACAGCUUCAACAACAAAAUGAGCUUAGCGAAGAAUGUAAUAUGCCCGUUCGAGAAACAGCAAGUGGCAUGUAAAAUAUGCGAGGGAACCGAUGGCGCAAUGGAAUCGAUUUUCUGCGAGCAGGACGAUCAUCGACUGCUGAACAAGAUCUUCAAAUCUACCAAUGUGAAGGUGAAACCUGUCUGCGGAAUCCUAUCGCCGAUUUGUGAAUUUUGUCGUGCGCGGAUAGACCAGUUUGACGAUAAUUUCCAGCCUCGCUGUAAGGAAUAUGUCGUGGAGAAGGUAAUUUCCACAGCUCCGGCUUAUGAUCCGUUCAACUGCUUGGAUCCUAGUCAAAUAGAGCAAGGCGUUGAGGAAGAAUAUAAAAUAGAAUCACCGGAGGAGAAGGUUGAGCCUUUUGUUCAAGAAGUUCAAAUACCUUUGAAGUUAGAUAAUGAGAAGGAUGUAGAGGCCGCAGUACCAAAGCAUUUAGAUGUGAUGGUCGAGAUAUUAGAAGACUCAAGAUUGAGUAACGAAGAUGAUUGUGCACUAUCAGAAUUGGAUCGCGAAAGUAAUCAUGCAAUUGAAGAAGAUGAACAAGAUGUCGACUAUGCACUUGAUGUCGAACCAAUGAAAAAAAGAGGUAGAGGUCGUCCAAAAGUGAGAUUUUCCUCGAUGGGAAUGAAAAAGCCCACAAAGUGUGAAAUAUGUGGGAAACUGGUAGCCUACAUGAAGGAUCACAUGCAGAUACACGCCGAGGAGAAGAAGUUCAAGUGCCCUCAUUGCGAUCGCUCAUUCUCACAAAGCAAUAAUCUUACCUACCAUAUAAGGAAGCAUACUGGUGAGAAACCGUUUGCUUGCGAUAAAUGUGAUAAAUCUUUCAUUUGUAAAUCUCAUCUGCUUUCACAUGCGCGAUAUCACGAGAACGAUCAACCAUAUCAGUGUGAAAUCUGUUCAAAGCGUUUCAACCAGGCUUGCAAUUUGACCAAGCACUUACGCGUCCAUAGCGGUGAGAAACCUUACAGCUGUAAACUGUGCGGAAAAGCAUUUAUGAAUCUGUCCAACAUGAAGGUGCACGAAAAACGACACCAAGGCGAUCAGAACUUCACAUGCGAAAUAUGUUCGAAGAGUUUCUACGACAAUUACCACCUCGUAAGGCACAUGAUGGUCCAUUCGAAGAAGAAACGUUUCAAAUGCGUUCGCUGCCCAAAGCAGUUCAAUACGAUUGAUGAUCUCAAAUCGCAUGCAACCCACCACAAGGAUCCGGAAGAGUUCAUAAGUUGCGAGCUUUGCAGUAAGCCCUUUAACACGAUCCACAAGCUUAAUCUGCACAUGCGGUCCCAUAUGACAGUAAGCGUAGAUUCCCUCAAAUGUAAUAUUUGUCACAAGCAGUUCAAACGGCGUGAUCAUUUGGAAUCGCAUCGCAAGCGGGAACACGACGACCAGAUACAGCAAGCUAAGCUUCCCCGAGAAGUCAUCAUUGAUCCGGAAACGGCUAACAAACAACUGGAAGGACCCUUCCACAAGCCUUACCAGUGCGAAGUGUGCUUCAAGAUGUUCAGCCAAUCGUACAAUUUGAAAGUGCACCUUAAAACGCACAUUCCGGACGAUAAGCUGCACGGAUGCGACAAGUGUCCGCGGAUGUUCCGCAGAAGGGAUCAUUUGGAAGCGCAUCAGCGCCGAGAUGAAUGCAUCGUAGCGGCAACGGCGGAAACUAACGGCGAUGAGUUGGAGGAAAAGCCCGAGAUAGAACUGGGGGAAACUAUGAUUGAUCUGGCGCCGGUUAAGGUCCAGGAUACGCAUCAGAUAGUAUUGGGCUUUGAAGUUCGUCAUGUGUAGCAGUAGUAUUUUAUAUCAGUUGUUAUAGGUUGAUCUAAUUUAAAUAUUUCUUUAUGUAUUAGCCCAAACUUUGUAUUAUGAAAGGCCCAAACUCAAUGAUAACUGUAGCAUAGUACAAUGGCAAAUCCGAUUUUAUGAAUUAUAAUAAAUAAGAAACAUGAAGUUUAUUACAGAAAAAAAGUAAUAAAUUCGGAUUAGCCGUUUUGCUGUUACAUUCUAUUUUGUUUUCAAUUCCUUUCAUACCAUUCUAAGUAAACUUCGUGAACUAAAUUAGGCGCGUCGAAAAGAUCAUUGAAAGAAGGGAAAUUUACGGUGAAACAAUGAUUUAAAAAGCUAGCAUUAUCAUGUAAGUUGUUGCGACUAGGACAAUACAUUAUAUUUCAUUGCUUUCUCAGUCCUGCAUUUGAUAAGGGCGACUUGUCAGCUAUUAAAUUAGGACUGUUAGCGAUGGCUAUAUCUCCAGUUCACAGUCAGAACUGCGUAUUUUCCUUUAAAUGUUAUAAUUUAUGCACUCAGUAAUUAAUGGUGUUCUUGUUUUUCACAAAAAAAAAUCUAUGUGAGAAUGUAAAUGAAUCCGAAUAAAAAUUGAACUGUGA